AUGGACGAUAAACGAGAGGCUUACCUGUUGCCAGAUGGUGUUGACAGCGUUUUGGAUGAAGUAAAGAAGUCGUUUGUGUGUCCUGGAGAUGGCUACUACGCAGAUGUGAAUAAUGAUUGUAAAGUGUAUCAUGUCUGUCAAUCUGCCAUGUACUUCAAUAGACUUCAGAUGUUCCAAUGGAGUUUCUUUUGUGGAGAAGGAACAAUUUUCGACCAGCUAAGCCUAACCUGUUCCCUGCCAGAGAGGGCUGUUCAGUGUAAAACGGCCCCUAAUUACUUCUAUCUGAACAAUAACAUCGGCAAAGAGGGCGUGCCUUAUCUAACCGACAACAUCAAAGAGAAAGGUGUACCCUACCUAAUUGAGAAAGAUAUAGAUAUUAUAUCUGUUAGAAAGUUCCUACCUCCAGAUAUUCGAGUCAUUGCGUAG